AUGAAAUCACUACAUUCCAUUUUGAGUUUUGCAUUAUUUUUAAAGGGUUUUUUAAUUUAUAAUGAAACCUAUGAUCAACUGAAUGAAAACAACAAGUAUGUAAAUAAUUACCGAACUAAUAGCUCUUUGUGCUUUCUUACAGAUCAGCUGUAUAGUGAUUUUAUAUGGAAACAUAUCCCUCUUAACAUGAAAAUAUCCGCAACUAAUUUAACUAGUAUUUUUUUAUUGUGUAUCGAUUUUAUUUCGGAAGCAAAUUUGUAUGCAAUUAAUGCUAUAUUAAAUUCAAAAAGCAAUAAAAAAAAUAAAUUAAAUGUUAAAGAAAUUUGUAAAGCUGAAAAAAAAAUGAAUUUAUGUGGUUUGAACAGAACAAUAAGAAAAAAAAACUUCUUUGAAGGUAAGCAAAAAAAUUUUUAUGAUGUUAAGAAUAAAGGAAAAAGGAAAGAAAUUGUUUUUUCAAAAAUUGAUAUCUUUAAAAAGGUCGAUGAAAUUCAUUUCUAUGUAUUUACUAAUGAUUUUAUAAAUAAUCUUGAUCCUAUUAAGAUUCAGCAGUUUAUGAAUUACGUAGCAAAUUUCAACUUUUUAAAAAAGAUCAAUAAACGUUGUAUCAACUUGUUUUGUCAAAACCAGCUCAUAAAAAUGUCAAUUGCUGAGUAUUUUAUUUUGGGGAUAUGGUCAUUUUUAAAAGAAGUUGAUGAGACAACUUUGGGUAGUGGAUUUCAAAUAACAACUAACCAUGACUGCUAUUAA